AAUAAUGCAAGCACUGGUCAGCAUAUAUAAACCUUGUUCUCCCUCUUUUAAUUUCUCCUUAUCCCCACACAAACCCCAUAUCUCAAUUCCCUUUCUGAUAAGGAUCUAAGCCAUUCAUUAAUAAUGGCUGCAGAACAUGUUCUUGAGUUGUUAGAUACCUACUGGUUUCAAACAACAGUUCUAUCAAUUUUAUCCAAAAAAACAGAUAUUCCAACAUCAUCACACAACCACCAAGAUCAUGUUUUGGAACAACUUUGUUUGGAUCCAAAAAAGCUUCUUAGAGUUCCAACACUUCAAGUGAGGUCCUUCAGUGACCAAAACUUAUUAUUAGGUGAUGCUUCUUUCUCUGAUGAUUCUCCGUCACUGGAUUCUGUUCUCCUCACACCACAGAAACUAGGGCCAAUUCUCUCUGGCAAGGAAGUGGGUGAAGAAUUUUCAAUGGAGGAGGAUAAAAUCAGUGCCAAAAUCCAUGCAGAUGGAGAAGAACAUAACAAAGAAGAAGCUUCUACAAGGAAGAAGAAACAAGAAGGUCAAAGAAUAAGAAGAAGAAGACUCAACAGAGGGAAAAGUAGUAAGAGCCUUUCAGACCUUGAGUUCAAGGAGCUAAAAGGGUUCAUGGAUUUGGGUUUUGUGUUCUCCGAAAAAGACAAGGACCCAACUUUGGUUUCUCUCAUACCAGGGUUGCAAAGGCUUGGAAGAUCAAAAGAAGAGGAUAAUAAUAAUGGAGAAGAAGAAGAAGGUGUUGGUGUUGGUGUUGGUUUAGAGAAGCAAAAAAUUGAUGAAACUGUGAUAUGUAGGCCUUAUUUAUCUGAGGCUUGGGGUGUAUUAGACAAAAGGAACAAGCUUGUGAAGAAUCCAUUGUUGAAUUGGAGGGUGCCAGCACUGGAAAAUGAGAUUGAUAUGAAGGAUAAUCUUAGGUUCUGGGCUCAUACAGUUGCAUCCAUUGUAAGAUGACAAUAAACAAGGAUGUUUCUUUUUUUUUUUUUUGUUAUUUUCGGUCAAUGUUCUAAGUACAAUGUUGUUGUUUUCCUUGGAAAGUCUUCAACUGUAUAAAAAUUUUGAUUUGAUCUCACUAUCACAGCUAGAUUCAUGGAUGUACAUUUAUCAAGUUAUCAUGUUUAUGUACCUAAGAAAGAGUUUCUUUUUUCUUAGUGCAGUUUUGUCAAUUUGUCUGCAAAGUUUAGCAGAGAAAGAGAGGAGGUACUUCUGCAAUGAGAGAUAAGCUUUCAUCAUUGUUUUGGUAUAUGGCCCAUUUUUCCAUGAUGUUGAUAGGGCAAUAAUUGAGACAAUUUUCUUAUUGAGAAGAAU